CAACAUCAAGGGACGCGAUCCUCUAAGAACCACCCUCAAAGGUCAUAAAAUGAGUCAGUGACAAUGUCUAAACAGUAUCUCACAACGCACACCAUUGACGAUGCCCACAUCACCGACAUCUUCUCCCUGGCUGUAACGCCUACUCAGAUCCUCUCUGCAUCGGGCGCCUCCUCCAUAAAAGUACACUCUACAACCUCCACCGAUGUCCCUCUCGCGCAAACCAUCACCGGCGCACACAAACUCGGCUGCCACCACAUCGUAACUUCCCGCAACGGACGCUACGCAGCCAGCGCUGGGUUUGGCGGCGAAGUGAAGAUAUGGAGUAUUUCUGAGUCAGGGGAGUGGUUCGAGGAAGGGAAGGUCGUGGAUGGGAACAACGCCGGGGAAAUCUGGGCUAUUGCCCUCAGCGAGGAUGGACAAUACAUGGCUAGCACUACAUAUGAUGGAAGAAUAAACGUUUGGGACUUAGUGGAUGGGCGCAAGAAGAUUCGGGAAUUUGAGACAAAGGGUAGCUUCGGCAUGUGUAUUGAUAUGAGUAGGGAUGGGAGGUUUACGGCGAGUGGACACGAGAAUGGUGGCGUCUACGUGUUCAAUAACGAGACGGGAAGGAUGCUUUACUCAUUGCCAGGGCUGGUGAAGCCAGUGCGGACUGUGGCGUUCUCACCGGCUGGUACUCGUCUAGCAGCAGCUGGAGAUUCGCGGGUCAUUGCUUUGUAUGAUGUACAGCACGGCGAACAAGUUGCAAAUCUUACAGGACAUUCAGCAUGGAUAUUCUCAGUGGACUGGAGUGAUACUGGCGAGUAUCUUCUCAGCGGUGCGUUUGAUGGGAAGGUCAAGGUCUGGUCUAUCGAUACGCGGAAUUGCGUCGCUACUCACAGUGAGACGGACAAGACAUUAUGGUGUGUGAAAUGGUUACCGAAGACAGGGAGGAGUGAGGCGUUUGCUACUGCUGGCGCAAAUAGGAGUAUCUCUUUCUAUAGGGAGGCAACUGGUGGCUGAUAAGGAGGGGGUUACAGUUUCAUGUUCAAUUUUGAUCCAACUG